GUUUAGUCGAACAACUCCACGUUGUAAAGUUGGAGCGCUAAAGAAAAAAUUAUAGACUUUGAUAUUAAAGGAAAUGAAGAGAAACAUCAAUGAAAAUUCAACUCGGAAUACAGCAGAUUGGGCCUGGGAAGUUAUGAAUCCAGAGCUGCCUCCUUUAACGAAAACAGUGAACACAGGGCAAAUACCACAUUCAGUUUCUCAUCCCCUGAGAAGUCAAGAUUCUGUGUCUACAUCUAUUCAAUUAAAUGCUGAAAGAAGCAAGAGUGGUUGGAGCUACAGAGACGGCAACAAAAAUACCACUUUAAAAACUUGGGAUAGAAAUGAUUUUAAGCCUCAGUGCAAAAGAACAAAUCUAAUGACAAAUAAUGGAAUAAAUUCAUGUCCAGUGAAUUUGGGAGCUCAACAAUGGAAACAAUUAAGAGUAUAUGAAUCUACUAACUUAUCUCACCAAAGAGAAAGUGAAGUACUCACACAAACACAUUCGUCAAAAAUAUCUGGCUCCACAAUGAGAAGUCUAGACAGAAACGGUUCAUUACAGGCAUUUAAGCCCAAUUUUCAACAAAAUCAACGUAAGAAAAAAAUGUUGGAUGGUUUUCCAGAAGAAAACACCCUCAAGGAAGCAUCAUUGUAUCCGUUAAAGCUUAAGGAGAAAGAGAAUUCUUUGAGAAUUAUAUCUGCAGUUAUUGAAAGCAUGAAGUACUGGUGUGAACAUGCACAGGAAACUGUCCUUGUUUUUGAAAUACUAGCUGUUCUCGAUUCAGCUGUUACACCUGGCCCAUAUUGUUCAAAGACUUUUCGUCUGAGAGAUGGGAAAAAUACUCUGCAUUGUGUAUUUUAUGAAAUAGCAAAUAACCCCCUCACUGCUACCUGA